UCUAGGGUUUUAGGGACUGGGGUUUUUAUUUGAGGACGGCUCCGCAGCUCCAGAGAUUUAUCAUCAAUUUUACAGCAACCCAUUCUCAGACUUCCUUAGAUACUCGCAAUGGGGAAGAAGAAGAAAUUCUUCGACAAGAAGAACUCCGCAACUUUCCAAUUAUUUGCUCGUGACUCCACCGAUCCCAAUUACGAUGGAACUCCCGCCACCGAUCGUGUUUUUGUUCGUAUCGACAACCACCCUUACUCUCUCCCUGCUUUCGAGGAUGAUGGCCCUGGCCCUGCCGAUGCUUCCGCUUCUGGCUACUUCAAUGAAGAUCCUAACUCCAUAUUUGCCGAUGCUCCCGACGAUGAUGACGAAGAGGAUGGAGCUUUUGGGACUUCCGCGCGGUCUCGUGGAGAAAUUGGCGGGCCAGCGCCAUUGCCGGAAGAUAUUAGAAGGGAGAUUUUGGAGCUCGGGUUUCCUGAUGAUGGUUACAAUUAUUUGCUGCACCUUAGGGAGAUUAAGAAUACUGGUGGUGGUUCGGCAUUCUAUCAGAACCCCAAGGCCAAGCUGGAUCAGCUUCCACGAGAUGAGAAGGCGUAUGAUGCUUCCAGAGUGCUUGUGUCUAAAGGGAAUAAUGAUGGUGAUGAGAACUUCAUCUACAAGGUUGCAUCCAAGACUGUUGGAGUCAAGGUUCAAAAUGCAGUUGACCCUGACAUAGCUGCACUGCUUGAUGACGAUGAUUUAUCACGAUUUGGUUCUGAUGUUGAGGACCUGGAAGAGGACUUUGUAGUUCAGGCAAACUUACGUGAAGAAGGGGAAGAUGAUACAACUGACAAUAGGUUUAGCGUCGCUGAUAAUGUUAAUAAAAAAUCUUCUGGUGACCACAUUUUUGAGGAUGCAGAUAUGGACCAUGUGGAGGAGGAAAGCGAGAAUAGUGAUGCUGAUAAGCCACGAACUCGUCGGCUUUUGGAUGAGCAAUUUGACACUCUCUUAAGCCGGGACUAUGCAUCUAGUGACAAUGAUGGCAGUGAUUGUGAUGAACAUGAUGGUUGUGUAGCUGAAGAAGAUGAAUCCCUUGCUCGGAAGCUCAAGCAUGCCUUUGGCGAUCAUGGUAAGGAUGACUUGGAACUCGAUAAAGGAUAUAAGGCUCCUGCAGAUAUAUUAAGUGGUAAAGAGAGAUUGGAAGAUAAAGAACUUCUGCAGUCUGCCAGCGAUGUGAUUCAUCGGUGUAUGGAAUAUGCUGAGAUGUACCAAAAUGAAGAUGAUGACAAUGAAAAUGAAGAUGAAUUUAUAUUUGAGGAGAGCAGUGAUGAAUCAGAAGUUUGGGACUGUGAGACCAUUGUUUCUACAUGUUCUAAUCUCAAUAACCAUCCUGGGAAAAUCAUAGCUCCUGAAAUAACCCGAAGGAAGAAGUUGGCUGAAACUGUCUCUGGAGCCCUUAAUUCCAAUAAUCAUGUGAUAACGCUUAGAGGGAAAGAGAAGCUACCGGUGGACUUUCUACCUCAUGGUCGAAAAGUCGUAGACAAAAUGAUAGAUGUUGGCAGCUUGAGAACUGAACAUCAGAAGAGGAAGCCACAUGGUCAGGAGUCCAAGGAAGAGAAGAAGGAGAGAAAGGCUGCUAUCAAGGAAGCACGACGUGAAGCAAGGCGCACGAAAAAAGAAAUGAAGGGGCUUUACAAGGGGGAAGCUCAUCGUGCUCAGAAAGUAGUUGCUGUUUGUGGUCCAUCAUCCAUUCAUCUUAUGUGAGGAGGGCAUUUUGAUGCUAGUCAAAAGAACUUUUGUUCAUUCGUAACAAGAUUGAGCUGCUGGGGAGAAGUUUCCAAAACAAUACUUGUACAGAACGAAGAAACUACAGAAUAUGUUCAGGGGAACAAGAAAGACUGUGUUCAGCGAUUCCUUGAUAUCCGCCGCAUUCUUGCUCAAUCCGGCUGAUUCUUUGUUUGAUCUAGAUAGUCUGUAACACAUCAUGAGAUGUUUUCACUCGAGCAUAUUUAUUAAAUUUAAAGGCGGUUGCUUCAACUUGCAUACUUUUUCUUGGACCAUGAAUAGUUGAAUUGAAUUCAUGAGAGGCUUCAAGAUAAUCGUGUAUUUUUGUUUUUUCCUAUACUAUAUAACAUAUAUCAAGCGAUGCA